UUGCCGCGGAUAAAUCCAACCGACUGCAGGUAUUUCUUGCUUUGCUUCUGCCCCGAUAGGGAUUCUUCGAUCAAAGAACAACCGGAAGAAAUGUCAUCACGGGACAAGAAACCGGCGAAACCGUCCACCAGCAGAGCCGGCGGCAUCCGCACGCUGUCCGAUCUCAAUCGACGGUCGGGUCCCGACUCCGAUAGCGAUGAAGAAGGUCCUCAGGAGUACUACACCGGUGGCGAGAAGAGUGGCAUGCUUGUCCAAGAUCCCCAGAAAGUUAAUGAUGUAGAUUCAAUCUUCAAUCAAGCUCGGCAGUUGGGAGCGGUAGAAGGGCCUGUCGAUCAUCUCCGCCCCGGCUCUAGCUCAACGAGCUUUGCUGGAACUGGUAGAUUACUUUCUGGGGAAGUUGUGCAAUUGACUCCACAGCAGCCUGAGGCUGUUGUUCAUAACAUCAUCUUCUGGAGCAAUGGAUUUACUGUGAAUGAUGGCCCUCUACGGAGGUUGGAUGAUCCCGAAAAUGCACCUUUCUUGGAGAGCAUUACCAAAUCUCAGUGUCCAAAGGAGCUUGAGCCAGCAGAUAGGAGGUCCUCUGUUCAUGUAAAUCUGAUUAAAAGGGAUGAGAAGUGUCCGGAACCAGAGAAGCAGCCGCAUGUUGCAUUUCAAGGUGUAGGCAGAACUUUAGGUGGGAGCGCAGCAACCCCAGUGGCGACGGAACCUGUGAUUGGUUCUUCUACCCAUCUCAAUGUUGUUCCAACCCCCUCAAGGGGCGUGGUUGUAGAUGAGACAUUACCUUCCACUUCAGUCCAGCUUAGAAUGGCUGAUGGAACCCGCAUGAUUGCCAACUUCAAUUACCAUCACACUGUGAAUGACCUACGAGCGUUUAUUGACGCAUCUAGGCCUGGGGGAGCACAGAAUUAUCAGCUACAGAUGAUGGGAUUCCCUCCUAAGCUUCUUAGCGAUCCAACUCAGACAAUAGAGCAGGCCGGCCUUGCAAAUUCAGUUGACAAGCCCCAUUUCGGGAAGCGAACCUCUCCCACGCCACCGCCGUCGCUCACUGCCGAGGAUCUGCCCUGUCUUCCACAACUCUUCUCUUCUCUCUUUCUGUCUUCCAGCCCGGACAUAUCACCGCUAAUCUUGCAAUUCUUCUCCCCCAAGCGUUGCCCUCGAAAGUCCCGUUUCAAACCUCGCCGUCGAGCAAGCAAACCAUUGUUCUCGCUCAUACCCCUUCUCACUCUUCGAUCGGCUGUCUCCCGCACUCCCGGAAAGCUCACGGCAGCCCUUGCCACCGGAGAUUUCUAUGUUCGUUUCAAAGGGAGUAGCAAACCAUCAAGAAACUGUGGGUCGGGGUUUGAUGGGGAAGAAGAAGCGGGUUCCGUAAUUCCCACCAAGCCUCAUUCUCCCCUUCAAAUUUUGGUUUCAUCGCUUUACACGCACUCAAGAAAAAGGUUUUUACUCUAAGUUGGGGUGAUUACUUAAACAGUCAGAAAUUUUUGCAGGGGGUAAAAUGCCAUCCUUUUGACCUGCAAUUGUUUUCCUCCUCUUCUUUCAAUCCUUCUGGAAGCUAUGUGUUCCUAAUGUGCUAGGCAAAUGGAUUAGGUUCGUGAGUUGGGUUCUUGCUUUGGUGGAUUCAUGAGUUGCCUUUAAAUAGAUUUACGAGUUUAUUGGUUGGUUUAUACUUUAGAUGGGUUAGUGAGUUUGCGGGUCAUUGAACAUCCAUGAAAAAGAAGCCAUAGCAGCUGCAACAGUUGCAGCAGCAACAGAUUUGGAAGAGAAGUCCUGUCUUGCCACCAACGCGUUCAGUAGAUGGAGAUGGCAGAGGCGAAGGCUAUUUUUGUGUUGUUGUUGCUGGUUUAGGGAUCGGUUUGUGAAGAAGAGGGAGAAGAGAGGGGGAAAGGGAAAUGCAGGAGAGGGGGAUAACUCUUUUCUCCGACAAAAAUGGAGUGAAGAAAGGAAUUAUGAUCAGUAAGGAUACGGUUAUCUUUCAUAACGGUCUCUAUUCUGUUUGAAUUGAGCUUGGGAGGCAGUGAUAAGGACGAGCUGCAAGCCUGCAACCAAUUCAUAGUGAUAAGAGUGCUAUGAACGGUGAUCAUGUCUUAUUUCAAGUUAGAAUGUAGUUUCAGUAUAAGGAUUAUUUAAUUUGACAAGUUGUUUCGUCCAUGAUUCUUGGUAGUUUCAAUGUCAUUCUAGCCAUUGUUUAGUCUGUAAUUUUUGAGAAUUGAUGUGCGAGUAAUGACUUUCACUUAGCUUCAACUAUUAUGUGUGUAUUUAUUGGC